GUUCAUCUAGCUUCUCUUUGAUCACAUAAUAUUUUUUUAUCACCUAAUCAAACAACCACAUAGUUUCCCUCCAUGUAUAUAUUGACCACAAGAUUUUUGUUCCAUUCAUUCAAACAGUUUCAAACUCAAAUAACUAUUUCAAGACCAACCUUCAUAUAUACAUUUAGAGAGAAACAUGGGUGUUUCCCUUUUUUCAUCCCUUACAUUCCCACUUUUCUUUUUAUCAUUGAUCAAUUUUUGCACAUUUGAGCUUGCAUUAGCAGGCAUAACCAGACACUACCAUUUUGAUAUAAGGUACCAAAAUGUGACAAGAUUGUGCCACAGCAAAACAAUGGUUACAGUGAAUGGUCAAUUUCCGGGACCUCGCAUUGUAGCUAGGGAAGGAGACCAACUUCUAAUCAAAGUGGUUAACCAUGUGCAAAACAACAUUUCCAUUCACUGGCAUGGGAUUAGACAGCUGCAAUCAGGAUGGGCUGAUGGACCAGCAUAUGUGACUCAAUGCCCAAUUCAAACAGGUCAAAGCUAUGUUUACAAUUACACUAUUAAAGGCCAAAGAGGAACACUCUUUUGGCAUGCUCACAUUUCUUGGUUAAGAUCAACAGUCUAUGGUCCACUCAUCAUACUUCCCAAGAAAAAUGUUCAAUAUCCUUUUGCAAAACCUCACAAAGAAGUUCCAAUCAUAUUUGGAGAAUGGUUCAAUGCAGAUACUGAGGCAGUCAUAGCACAAGCUCUGCAAACUGGGGGAGGACCAAAUGUCUCUGAUGCCUACACAAUUAAUGGACUUCCAGGGCCAUUGUAUAACUGCUCUAAAAAAGACACAUUCAAGCUAAAGGUAGAACUUGGGAAGACUUACCUUCUACGUUUUAUCAACGCUGCUCUUAAUGAUGAAUUAUUCUUCAGCAUUGCAAAUCACACCCUUACAGUUGUUGAAGCAGAUGCAGUUUAUGUAAAGCCUUUUGAGACUAACACCAUCCUUAUUGCACCUGGCCAAACCACUAAUGUUCUUCUCAAGACCAAACCUCACUAUCCCAAUGCCACAUUCUUAAUGACUGCUAGACCAUAUGCUACUGGCCUUGGAACUUUUGACAACACAACAGUUGCUGGUAUCCUAGAAUAUGAAAUUCCAUUUAAUACUCAUCAUUCAGCUGCUUCACUAGAAAAGCUUCCACUCUUCAAACCUAUUCUCCCAGCACUUAAUGACACUUCUUUUGCAACAAAGUUCUCCAACAAGCUCAAUAGCCUAGCGAGCGCUCAAUUUCCUGCUAACGUUCCCCAGAAAGUUGAUAGGCACUUUUUCUUCACAGUAGGCCUUGGUACCAAUCCCUGCAAAAACAACAAAACUUGUCAGGGACCCAAUGGAACAAUGUUUGCAGCAUCAAUAAACAAUGUAUCCUUUAUACUCCCAACAACUGCACUUCUUCAAUCCCAUUUCUUUGGUCAAUCAAAUGGGGUUUACGCCCCUUACUUCCCAAACAGUCCCUUGCAUCCAUUCAAUUAUACUGGCACCCCACCAAACAACACUAUGGUAAGCAAUGGAACAAAGGUUGUGGUUCUUCCUUUCAACACAAGCGUCGAGCUUGUCAUGCAGGACACUAGUAUUCUUGGUGCAGAAAGCCACCCUCUCCAUUUGCAUGGCUUUAACUUCUUUGUUGUUGGACAAGGAUUUGGUAACUUUGAUUCAAAUAAGGACCCAAAAAACUUCAAUCUUGUUGAUCCUGUUGAAAGAAACACAAUUGGUGUCCCAUCUGGUGGAUGGGUUGCUAUCAGAUUUCUAGCAGAUAAUCCAGGGGUAUGGUUCAUGCAUUGUCACUUGGAAGUACAUACAAGUUGGGGUCUUAGGAUGGCCUGGAUUGUUUUGGAUGGAAAGCUCCCAAAUCAGAAGCUGCUUCCACCACCAGCUGAUCUUCCCAAGUGUUAAAUUCAACCUGAAAUUGCUUUAUUUUGUUUUAAACGUUUUGAUUUUUUUUGUUAUUCUAACACUGAGAAAUUGUUUUUCACUACUUGCUUGUAUUUCUUUUGUUGAGGCUUGACAUGAGGUUGAGGUUGCACCUUUUUCUCUUUUGGGUGAGAGAAUUAUUUAUACAAGAUGCCUUAACCAUACUAUUGUAAUCCAAUAAAUGUUUCUAAUUUGGGUUUUUGGUUUACAACUUUUAACUUUGAAAGGCCACUCAUAUUGGACUUAGCAACAA